AUAGCUUCACAUGUUUCCCUCGUUAGGAACAAAUGAGACGUAGCACCUCGAAGCUCUUGGGUACGACUAUUAACAAGACGCUGAACGCAACGCGAACGAACAUGCGUUUCGGUUUCCUUGGCACCCGAGCAAAGACCAGGCUGUUGCAGACAUGAAGAAACUUUGUUUCUUAUCUUGAUUCCUACAGUUAGCUCCCAGCCAUGUCCCGCAGCUGUAAGCCAAAGCCGAGGUGCUUGGGGAGCGACAUCCACAGACUGCCGCUGGUCCCUGAAGCUGGUCAGAAGGCUGAUAUCUUGACCUACUCCUCAGGUCAUCUGGGGCCCCGCAGCCUGAAGCAGAGCCAGCCUCAUAGGGAAACAAAGCAAUCUUUCUGGAAGUUGUCUCAGAGCCAAGAAGAAAGCCCAAACUCUGUGACACUCAAGCAAAGACGUACAAAGGCAGUGGCCUAUGUAAAGAGGAAAGAAAUGAAAGAGUCUACCUCUGAGUUCACUUUAACAAAGUUUGAAGUCUCCAGAUCAAGACAAGACCUGACUAGCGAUAAGUCAUCGUAUGCAAUAAGGAGAGAGGUGAAAAGUCUUCCUAGGGUAGUUCAUGGUUCCUCAAACUCUUUGCCGGUCCAGCCAAGAACGUUUUCCAGUGAUACGUCAACCUUUUUGCCUACUCUGGAGGGGAAACAAUUUUGCUCAAACUGUUCUGAUCAGGAAGGCCUGAAUAAUAAAGACCAUUUAAAGACAAACCGACGGGUUGCCAGGCAAUCUAUAGACAAGCAGAACCUCUGGGCUGGAAUAAAUGUUGCUGAAAUGCAUGAAAGGAAACUACAAAAGGAGCUGAAAAAGCUGUCAGCGCAGAGCUGGCCCCAUAGAGACCGCCUUGCGGUGUUCAGUGACGUCUUUGAUGAUACCGAUUAUGAUUUGUAUGUCAACCAUAUGAUGGCUUCCCAAUCAUCGGCACAAGACAUGUCACAGAAUGCUUCACUUCAGGAUCUCGGAAAUGGCAAAGUAGGAGAAAAGGAGUUGGAAGAGGCAGAAAAAGAGGUUUGCAGACUGGAACAGGAAGCCAGAAGAGCUCUAGAGGAGAAUAAACGAGUCCGAAAUGAAUUACAGAAUGUUCCAGCUAUAAGCAGCCCAGAGGACAGCGACAUCCAGAGGCUGCAGGACACUGGGACUGUCAUCGGCCACAUCAACAGUGUCCAGUCCAAGAGACUUCACGUGUUGGACAUGUGGAGGGAGAUUCAGCAGCUGGAGGAGGAGAUAAAGGAGCAGCUGGUGUCGGCUGGUACAGCCACUGGCACUGAAUGUCCUCAAGGUGCUGGGAGAUAA